AUCAGAUUAUACAACAAAACAGAAGUUUCCGCAAUUAAAUGGUUAUUUGUUAAUUAAAUUGAAGCUAAAAUAGGAAUACACAAUUAUGGGUAGCUUGACUGUGGCAUUAGCUAUGCUAAGACAGCGAGUGUUUGCUCCUGCACUGGCAACAUCAACACGUUGUUACGCCGUGAAGCCGGCGGCGGCGGCCCCAGGUGCCAAAAAGAAGAAGCUGGGAAAGCUUGGACCCAUAAUGGAAAAGAAGGUCAUUCCAGUGGAAACAGACGCCAACAAACUGGUGGGCUAUGUAUGCGGCAGCAACUACCUAAAGACUGGCCAGGACGUCAAGAUCAAACCGGAUGCAGAGUACCCCGACUGGCUGUGGACACUCAACACAGAGCGGAUAAUACCGCUGGACGAGCUUGAUCCCAACACGAAGCAAUACUGGAGACGCUUGCGAAAGAUGGCCCUGCGCCGAAACAAUCAGCUCUCCAAGCUGAAGAAGUUCUAGAGGCUGGGGCCAGUACUGGCGUUUAGUUGUUAUCAUUUUUUCGAGGAGACCAGACCUUGGCCUUCAACUUUCCUAAGUGUUCAGUCGUGUUGGACCUGUGUUUGCCUUGCUGUCCGGCGCGCAAGUAUAUAAACACUUCUUCGAUUAUGUUUUUUGCAAGUGUAAAUAAGCGUAAAUACAUUUUACAAUGUCG